AAAUGGAAUCAUCAAAGUUGGGGACCGGCCCACAGCAAAAUAAAAAGCCCGCUGUUUUGUCAACCUCUGAAAUCUCAACACCAUUACAGCGUGCAGACCACGCGACGACCACGAGUCUCUAUAUAACACUAAAACCUUCCGCCAUAGCUGUUUAAUAGCUCACUACUGAAAAAAAUGCAAUCGCUGCAAGAAAAGGCCUCUCAAUGGAGCGGAGUUGACACAGCCGAUGCUUUCGCCAUUGACGAAACCAAUUUGUUUCAGAAACUUGGCCUCCAAACCUUCAUUAACCUCUCAACCAAUUUCUACAACAGGGUUUAUGACGACGAAGAAGAGUGGUUUAGGUCCAUUUUUGCAAAUUCGAAGAAAGAAGAAGCGGUUCAAAAUCAGUACGAGUUUUUUACCCAGAGAAUGGGAGGUCCUCCUCUUUAUUCGCAAAGGAAAGGCCAUCCGGCGUUGAUCGGACGUCACCGACCAUUUCCUGUCACACACCAAGCUGCAGAGAGGUGGUUGCAUCAUAUGCAUAAGGCAUUGGAAAGCACUCCAGAAAUUGACGAGGACUCGAAAAUCAAAAUGAUGAAUUUUUUCAGGCACACUGCAUUCUUUCUAGUGGCUGGAGAUGAGUUGAAGAACCAAAACCAGCAAACUCCACCUUGUAAGCAUCAGGCUAGCAGCAAACCAACUUAAAGUUUAAAUUCUUAUUAAAAAGAAUUCCUCAUUUGUUGGUGACAGAACAAGAGGAUACCCAUUGAUUCUAAAUCUGUUAAAGGUCAUACUGCUGUAGAAGCAAAACUUAAUCACAAUUCUUAUAUCAAUAAAUCUUGAAACUAAUUUUUAAGUUACAGUUAUCUAUGUUCUGAAGCAAAAGAAUCCCACGAACUACCCGCAUUUACUUUCUUUGCCUCCUAGCUAUCGAGCCCCAACCCCAACUGGCUACAUAACGGGUCGAAAUAUCUCUCAAGCCCUGAGUAUGUCUUCUUUGGCUGUGCAAUUAUUUAUCAUAUGGGUUUCCAAUCUAGUGAUUUUGUUGGAAAAAUUGUUCAAGAUUUUAAUUUUAGUUGAUUUACGUGUUAUGAAUACAUGCCAAAAUAAAAUUAUAUGGUCAAAGUUGAUUUAUCAUUGUGAUCUAAUAUAUAUGCAGUGAAGGAAUAUGGUUAUUCCUACACUUUUUACUUUCUGAAUUGCAAA